CAUUGGCUACCGGGGUAACUUUUCCCACACCUUAGCGUGGCAAUUUGUGGCCGUUUUAUUCCACCAAAAACACCUUAAAAUUUCGUUCUUCUUGAACACUGUUGGCAUGGUAACAAGUUUGUACCACAUAGAAUAACAUUUUCCAUAAAAAUCGGUGAAAUUUGUCAGCUGUAAUGGGGUCUCGACGUUCUCCUUUCGAUCCAGUUGCUCAUGGGCUGGACAAAGAUUUCCAGCUAACCAACUACACUUUCACGGAUCCGAGAGGAGUUGGGUGGAAGGUCCCUCAAAAAGAUCUCCUUAAACUUCUCGAUGAGUUUAAGGAUGAUGGAGGCAAGUCAGCGGAAGAGAUGAUGCUGCAAAGAACAGAGUUUGGAAUCGGCAGUGACUGCAGCGUCAAACCUCUCCCACAUGGCGGACUUUGCCUCGUUGAAACCACCGACUUUUUUUACCCUUUGGUGGAUGAUCCUUAUGUUAUGGGGCAAAUAGCAUGUGCUAAUGUGCUUAGUGACAUAUACGCCAUGGGCGUCCUCGAGUGUGACAACAUGUUGAUGUUGCUUGGCGUUCCACAGCGAUUCAGUGACAAAGAGCGUGAGAUCAUAAUUCCUCUCAUGAUGCGAGGCUUUAGGGAUAUGGCAAAUAUGGCAGGCACCAAGGUCAGGGGAGGUCAAACAGUUCUCAACCCCUGGUGUACCAUCGGGGGAACUGCUACAAGUGUGUGCCCUGGGACUAGUAUUGUGUGUCCUGACAAUGCUUUGGUUGGGGAUGUGCUCGUAUUGACCAAACCUCUGGGUACCCAGAUCGCAAUUACUGCCCGGCAAUGGCUGUCAAUCCCGGAGAAGAAGAAGAAAUUGAACGCUCUCAUAACAGCUGAAGAUGUGGAGAGGGCCUACCAGGAGGCUGUAUAUAACAUGUGUAAACUUAACAAAAUAUCCGCUAGCCUAAUGGCCACAUACAACGCCCAUGGUGCCACGGACAUCACAGGUUUCGGUAUUCUCGGCCACGCCGAGAACCUUGCCAAGUGCCAGAAAGAAGAAGUCAGUUUUGCCAUCCAUAACCUUCCCGUCAUUGCCAGAAUGCAGCAUAUCGCCAAAGGAUACAGUGAAUUUAAAUUGCUACAGGGUUACUCCCCGGAGACUUCAGGAGGACUUCUCAUCGCGUUUCCAAGAGAACAAGCAGCCAGUUACUGCAAGGAAAUGGACAGACUCGGAGCCAGCGCUUGGAUCAUCGGUAUCGUGGAAAAGGGGAACCGCACAGCUCGCGUCAUUGAUAAACCCCGUGUCAUUGAGGUCAACACGAACAUCACAUAAGUCUCACAACUUUUUUUAUCCUGUCUAUAGGACGUGCUAAUCAUUCAGAAACACCGGACUUAUGAAUUGCUUUAAGUUAUAUCUCGCUUUCACUCUUUGUAACUAUUCCACUACACAAAGUUUAUCUUUAUUGCUGCUCGAUACUUAUGUGUAGAUUCCAAGUAACAAUUCUGUGAGACGGUUUUGGGAAUAGAAGUUGAGUUUGAGUACUCAACUAAGUAAAUGAAACAUUCGGGGUCAGAACUCAGACUUUUUGAGGGAAGUUUUUUUACUUUUGAGACAUGUGGCAUGGCCAGGUUGCUGAUAGAUUUGAAACUGUUUAGAGGAGAGUAGUUAAGACUUUUUGUGUGGUAUUGCCCAUUUACGCAGAGUUGAACUUUCUCAAAAGUCUGUUAAAAGCUAUAGGUCUGAAAAGUCCAAGAAACAUUGUUUUAUGUUUUUAUGAAACAAAUCUGUUUGAAGCAAAUACAUAUGAAGCUUUGAAUUUGAAGGAGGGCAUUGUAUCAGGGAAUGGUUUCAUUGCUCCGCUUACCGCGAAAUUCUGCGCUAACAGCCCUGUAAAGCACACACUUCCAUGGGACGUAAGUGCAGAAUUCCGCAGUAAGCAGAGAGAUUCUCAAAAUUAGGCCCCUGUUGUCCUGAUCUGGACUGCAGCAGCGAUGAUACCUUCCUCUGAAAAAUUCCUACAGAUCUCCCCCGCCGAUCCACCCUUUUUUCAUGGAGGUUAUUGUUGUCUCUUCUGGAGAAUGUUCUUGGUCCAAAGCACUUGAUAUAUGCAAAGCCACAGGCCAUUCAGAUUCUGUUUAAGUCUUGCCUCUCAAAAUAUGCAACGCACAAGGCAAAUCGCAAAAACGGUAGACCUAUGAUAUUCAAAGUUGAAUCCAUGAUGAAACAUGAAUUACGACUUUGCCCUAUUUUUAUUAGCCAGUAAUGGUUUACGAGAUGACAAAUAAAUAUUUGAAGUUUUGUAAUCAGUAACAAGUAAUCGUUUGGAGAAUUUUUUUGUUUUCAAGGUCAUCGCCAAAGUAUGACCCUGCCUUUGAGUGCUAAGUGCUAAACAAAGCAUGUCACAAUUUAAUUAACUACCCUGGCAAUGCUGAUCUUAAGAUUAAUUUUAGCAUUAAUUGAAAUCGAGCCCACUGUUCAUUUUAAUACGCAAUCAGUUAUUUCUUUGUAUUCAUAUUCAUCAAGAACUAUGUGUAACUAUGUUAAAAUUAUGAUCAUUUUAACCCUGUAUAAAAUUUGAUCCUCGGGCCAGGAAUUUCAUUUUUGAGCGGGCAAGGCCAUUUACAUCUUCCAAUGGGCAUUUACAUUGGAAAAUCUUAAAGUUCUUGGGAAACUGAUAAGGGGGCACCGGCAGUCAAGUUUGAUGAUGAGCUGGGAAUUUCUUGGUUCGCAACUUUCAAUGACAUGGAGACUACGUCAAACUCACAAAUUUGUCCAAAAACUUUGAUUACAAAGAAGAAAUGAAAGACAUAAAACCUCAAAACAGGUGCCGAUGAUGGCUGUGGAUACUUCAGCAUUCAGAUACAAUCAGCAUAAAGUUUUGUGAAUUUAUCAGAAAACGUGUUUUGAGGGCCCAAUUUCAUGGAGCUACUUAGCAGCCGAUUUUCUAUUCGUAGGCACACAAAACGGCAUGCACAAAAAUUAAUUACGUCACAAUGCAAAUCCAUGGUGAACCCGCAAUAUGACCCCCUGAUUUUUUCUUCUAACCUGUGAAAUACACUUGCACCUUAGCAAUUUUUUCUGCUACAAUAAGCAUGAAAAUUUGCUUACCGUUGAGCAGCGCUAUGAAAUUGGACACAGGUUAACAGUAGUAAUGUAGGCACCCACUGAUGAGUUAUCUACAAAAAAAGUUUAUUUUCUUAUUUUUUACAGACACAACAAAUAUUCAGUGCCAUUUAGCCAAGAAUUCCCACAUGCACGAUGCUGUUAUUAUUGCAUGAAACGCUUGUCAUUUUAACUUUUAUAUUCACAACUUUGCUAUUUCUGUACAGUUAAUAUUUUACUUGGCAAACAGUUUUUGUGUCCACUUUUUUACUUUUUUUCCCUUAGGUAUUCUGCAGGUGUUUUAAGUGUCAAAUCAUCAUGCGCUAAAUUAAGAAAUGUUUAGAUGCAAUUCCAUUAGUCAUUAGUUGUCAAGUGUAUUCUACAUUAAAGUUGUUUAAAGAAUUAUUCAUGAAGA